AUGACCGGUAAACUGCUAUCACUAUUGUUAUCACAUCACGAGCUGAUCAUCUACACCGUGAUCACGAUAUUGUUGGCUUCGUGGUUCCACUGGCGAUGGAAACACAGACAGUUCUUGGAUAUGGCCGACAAACUGCCGGGGCCGACGUCGUAUCCGUUGAUCGGCACGACUUCCAUGUUCACGCACACGUACGACGGUAAGGACCACGCGGUAGCUCGAUUUUUUUUUUCCACAGCACGCGUUUUCAUGUAAUCGAAUUCGUGUUGUUUGCCGCAGAGACCAUUGAGAAACUCAAAGAGAAUGCCGAACGGUACAAUUACGAGCCAGUGGGCACGUGGAUAGGUCCGAUCCAUUACGUUAGCGUCGUCAAGCCCGAAGACAUACAGGUAAUACUAUGAACGAUUAUUUAAUUCGAAUUCACGUAACACAUUGAUAUCGGGGCACCGCCGAGAAGACUGCCGUUGUGCUGAGGCCCGGGAAUUCUAUUAUUUAACACGAAAUCUAUUCGAUCGGUACUAAUUUCAAAAAAAAAAAACAUAAUAUUCAAUUGUUUGACACGUUCCGGGUAGAAAAUUCUAUUAUCGGUAAAAAUUUAGUACAACGCCGGGUACCGGGUAGGAGUCGAGUCCUAAACUUGGCGUCGAGUAAUUAUUGCCGGGCGCCCGAAACGUCCGGAGUUAAUAUAUUGCAUCGUGUCGCGGUGGAAACGGUCAAACGAGAAUCCAAAAACAAUUCGAACGGACGAGAUUUUAUUUUUAACGAGUGACCGUGGGGACACUAAACAUUUUUCAUUCUGAUAGAAAACAAAGAGAACCAAACACGGAACUCUGCGUAGAUAAUUAUUAUUUUCUUAUAAUAAAGUUAAUUCAGCGGUGAGGGGCUAACGUAACCCCUCCGUUGGGUGUACCACAGUUGAAUGCUGUAUAACGAUCGUAUGAAUUGUACAACCAUUUCGUUUUCCGUGACACGUUUAUUUUUCUUGUAAUACUGUCAAAAUAAAUAUAUUCCAAAAAAAAAAAACAAAAGGUUCACCAUAAAAACUAUACCCCGUAUACGUUUGUGAAAAUAUUGCGACAAUUUAUAAGAAAAAAAAUAUCGCUGCUAGACGUGUGAAACCAAACGGCACGUAUAGUACGUUAUUUUUUUUUUUGGAAUAUCGACUGUAAUAUAUUUAAUUUUUUUACGGGGUACUCCUCAUACAUCAGUGAUUUUAUUUUCUCGGAGGAUUUUAAUAAGCUUUAUUUUCACAUUAUGUUCAAUCCCUUACUCCCUUAUUAGUUAUACGGCUUUAAUGAGUAUAUACUAUUAUCCUUAAAUAGGACCCUCACCUCCUCUUUAAACACUGAUUCCAAUGGAGAAUAUUUUCCUACACAUUUUCAUAUGCAUAACUGCAUAACGAUGCAGAUAUCGGGUUUACCGUUAACGAGUUUAAUAUAACAGUUUAAAGGUCAUUAGAUGCAGAAUGCAUAGAGAAUGGUUUGUCGAUAUUUAUCAUCUAAGAAUGGAUAUGAAGUGUAUUAUUCCAGUUUGAAAAUCAAAAGCGCAUACUCGUUUAAGGUAUAUAGAGUAAGGGUAUAUAUUUAUACGGGAAUAUCAAACUAUGAUUAAAACCAUUUGGCAACUAUACUGGGACAGCAUUUUAACUCAUAGAUCGAUUUUCAGGUCGCAAAGCCAUUUUAUAGUUCCGUAAUGUAAUUUGUUAACUCCAGAAAUACUACCUUCAUAUGAGUGGAUCGGACAGUCUACUAUUAUGUGGCUCAUAGUCUGCUGUGGACUUCCACAAUCGCAUAUAUACUUCACAUGUAUACUUCAAAGUCGCUUUAAUGCUUCUACAAGCUUUAAACCAGCUGGGGUAAAACUUGUAACUCAAAACUAAUAAGGCAGCUAUUUGGGAUUGAUUUUAAGGUAUCUGAUACAAGUCUCAUAGUGGGAUCUAACUAGAUUUGGAAAUAAAGUUUAAAAUUUAAAUCUUAAACGAUUUCACAAUGAUUGAAAAAAAAAAUCAAGUUUAUUGAGCACAAUCGGCGUUUCGUGUUAGACAGAUUACCCCGUAUUCGUAACGCGGUUAUUUCGACUAAUAUUUUGUUUUGAAAAUUCGUUGUUUGUCGAACAGAUAUUAUUUUAUUUAUGUUGGUUUUUGUUAAAUUUAGAUUUGUAUAUUCCGCAGCGUAUACAUUUGUUCGUAUAAGAACGCGCUAUAUUCUGCAGCUAUUAAGGUUGUAAAAGUGCGACCCUCUGGGAUUCAAAACUUUACGCCUUACUAAAUGAAAGCACGGUAGUGUUUUGAACUACCUAAGCAAAUUGGAUUUACGAUAAAUAAAUAAUCUAGGUUUUCAAUUUUUCAUUCGUUUUUACAACAGUCACUGGAAAACUCUAAUAAUAGUAAAAAAAUUAUUGUGAUAAGUCAUUACCCGUUAUUCCAUACGUUCUGCUCGCGGGUACGGUGUGUAGAAAUGUGUUAUACAGAGUGAUAAACUUGAUUGCGAACCAACGAUUUUCCACGAAACCGUGUUUAAAAGUUUAAAUUCGAAAAAUCAAAUGUAAAGUGGGUAUGAAUUUGUUGAGUCUUCGUGAUGGACAUUUAAAAUGAUUGGAAUUAACAUAAAUAAUUAUAAAAAGACGACAAUAAAAUGACGUACACAUUGAUGGUUAUUUAUAUAAUAACGUAAAAUAUAAUCAUAUAAUAUGAUAUUUCAAUCACGAUAAUGGAAAAUAUUGUCCGAAACGUACCAAUAAUUCGAUACGACGGAAAUCCGAAUUGUCCCGCUGUUGCCAUUUGCUGGACAAUGUGGUCAUCGUAUAACAAUAAUGUAAUAAAAAAUGACGGUGUAUGAUAAAAUAAUUGUUUUUUUUUUUUUUUUGUUUUUAAAAAUUGUAGACGUAAUAUUAUUGUUUGUGUGACGAUGUCGAUAUUAAUCAUAUGGUUUUAGAUCGUUUUGAACAAUUCCCGGGCCCUGGAAAAAGGUCAGUUGUACUGGUUCCUAAAGAGUUUGCUCGGCGAAGGAUUGUUAACGGCCUCAGGUAUUUAUAACUGUAUUUAAAUAAUCGAAAAAAUCCGAGUGUUUUACGGGGUAAGUAUUCGACCUGUUAAAUAAUAAACCACCGCAGCGGUAUUAGAGAGGGGUGAUUUUUUUUUUUUUUUUUGGUUCCAAUGGACCCAAGACGCCGUAUUUUUCCACGUUAUCCGUAUACAAGUUUAACGUGAUUAAAGGUUAAGGGGAGAUAAAGAAUUGUCGUCUCUUGAUUUUUUAAUGCUAUUAUUUUUUUAUUAAGAUUAAUACGAUUUAUCUCUGAGAAAUGAGAAAUUGUGGAUGACGCAUUUUGUAAAAUUAGAUUUAGCCGAAUCAAGCGGGGCAAAGUGAGAUACGGCAACAUAAAAUUUACCGUUAAGGAUAUUAUACAGAGUGAUUUAUAUAAAAUUAACAUGCAUAAACUGUUUUAACUUUUUUCGGAAUUUUUUUAUUAGAACAUAGAAAAAAUGAUUAGCUCUAAAAUAUUAUAACGUUUUUUUUUUUUUGUCACCGUUAUUUUAAGUGGUUCAAAUGGCAACGUGUAUUAAAAAUCCUAUAAAUAGACGGUAAAUUAGCUCAACACAUUUUUAAUUACCGUUAAGACGAGAUAUCCUACUUUUAAAUUUCGGUGGAGGGGAGAGGUAGAGUAGUGGUGCAUAAUUUAUGAGGUUGCACGGCUCGCGGCGUUUUUAUAGUUUUCCCACCAAUCUCAGCUCACCGAAACUUAAAAGUGAAAUAUCUCGUCAACGGGUUAGAAAUGUUAAUUUAUUAUUCAAAGUUCAAUUUAAUUACAGAUGUCCUUCACAAUUGACACUGUAACAAACUUACUAUGUUGUUAAUAAACAAUUUAAAAAAUAGGGUUUAUGGUUAUUAAAAUAAUUACCCAUCGUUCGUGUUCUCCCGGUAAAUGACGUCUAAUACGUUCCUCCGCAGUUCCAUUCCCGAGAUAAAUCAAACAAAAUCAAAGGAACGAGUUUCCUCGAAUCCAUCUCUUCCGUGCGUUGAAUAUUUAACCUCACCCGUUUAUAGAAUUACCUGUCUAACGGUCUUCUUCUCCUUCUCCUUUCCCUUCAUCCCAACCAUUUAGGGCCAGCCACUCUCGUUACAAAUUUCCACUUGACCCGACUACUCCUACUACGCAUACACUGAUUGUUCUUGUAACAUUCUCAAUCGCAUCCAACCGCCUCUUUUUGGUCUACCUCUCUUACUUUUAGUUUCAUUAUUAUUCAUAAUGCUUAAGAUUUUUCCGUGACCCGUGACAUAUCCAAAUCAUCUCAAUCUAUUUUAUCUAAUUUUGUCUACUAUCGAAGUCACACUUAAGCUACCUUUUAAACAAUCCUUUGUUUGUUCUAUCUUCUCUCUUCUCUCCAUAACUUUUUUACCUUUGCAUUACUCAGCGUUGUUAUGUUUUUCUGUCUACCACCUGAUAAUCUGGACCAUAGAACAUAGUUAGUCUUAUCACAUUUUUAUAGAACUUGACUUUAAGUCUCAUUGGAAUAUUCUUGUUACAUUAAACACCAAACGGUUCGUUCCUCUGUCCACGCCUAUAUUCACGCUUCAUCCUAUAUUUCAUACAUCAGCGCGAAAGCCACCGUUUUUUUGUAAAAAAAACAUCUUGGGUACUCUUAAAACGCUCAACAUCGCGCUUUUUAUAUCACCGCUUAUUGUUGUUAGCAGUCUUGUCUUGUUCCUUCAAACUCGUACUGUUUUACUACUAUACUCAUCCUAGGUACCUUUUCACAAAGCGCUGCUCUCCAUUCUCCGAGCCUGUCGUUAAUUCGGUUCCUGAGUCACGACCACGUUUAUCGCCUCGCACGACUGACAGGGUCGGUACCGCGGCAGCAUUAUUGUAAAUCAGCUUCUACAGGCUAAGUAUUUUCGUAGUCACCAUUCAUGUCUGUCACAUGCCGUUCUCUUAAUUUGUUGAUAAGAGGCGAAACCCGUCCAACGAAAGAUUUCUUCACAGAAAGAUUUACACGAUCUUCUUCUGAGUUUUUUUUAUCAUUUAUUUUCCUUAAUGGUAAUAUAUCGUAUAACAUGAUGAAUUCGACGCAAACGCUCGGUUCGCUAAAAAUCGUCAGAGCCGUAAAACCCGCAGUCCCCUUGUUUAUCGGUCUUUGUUGAUAUUUUUAUUAUUAUUGUGUAUAUAUAGAUAUAUUAUUGUGUACGCCGUGGCUUUUAUCUCUCCCCCGGCGGGAAAAAAUGCCACGAUGAUUUUACCCCGACGUGCCGGCCUUUAUUAUCUCCUCAAAUUCUGCGUUGCACGUUAUUGUAAUAAUAUCGAUGGGACAUAAUUACGCUCAUUUCUCAUGGCACGUGCGAUUUGUCCGGAAACGAAAAGAAAAUAAUAUUGUUUAAACGAUAAAUUCGCGGGUUUAUCGAGCCGUCAAUCGCGUAAACGUUUUGCGUUCGUCACGGGAUAAUGUCUUGCAGCGUUGCAUUAAUAAAAAGGCAUCGGCGAACUUAUGCCGGGUUGCAUAAAAAUAUACAUAACCGAUAUACCGAUAACCGAUAACCUAUCGGUUCCGUAAAUUUUUGAGCUGUUAUCACACAUAUAGUUAUGAAAUCGAUAAGUAGUUAAGCCGUUUUCGGUUCAGUAAAAUUUGCAGAGAUGUUAAAGCUUAUCGUUUUAUGGAAUUAUAAUGUAUAAUUGAUAUGGAUAAAAUAUUUAUACUGAUAGCUGAGCAAGUAGUUGAAACCAUAGAUGACAAAUACAAUUAAAGAAAUACUUAUGAGGAACGAAAUCUAUUCGACACCUAAUUAUAAUUUUACAGAACCGAUGUAUUAUGGAACCAACAGUUUACAGAACAGUUUCUAUGCAAUCCGGCAUUAUUGCUACAGACCCGUCGCAAUAAUAUUAUUUUAUUAUAUGGGGCGUGACCGCGGGAUUCGACGGUUUCCUGUAAGGGCUCAGUGGUGUACCUAGGCCUUUCUUACGGGGGAGCGAAAUGUGUUUUCACCCACUGUUACGCCGGGUCACAUAAAUGACCACUAACUAUUAAUCGAACCGAUAACAUAGUAAUCGGUUCGAUUAAGUAUUUGGCUUAUACAAAAACGAUUUUUAUCGUUUAUCGAUUCAACAAAAUAAUAUCCCUUAUCGUUUUGAUAAGUCGAAGGUUCGAUUUUGGUUCGAUGAGUACGGAAAAAUAGUCUCAUGAAUUUUUUGAACUGAUAUUACAAUUGGUGGAUUUCUGAUCUUUAUAGAUCUUUGUAUUCACGAUAACAACUGAAUAUUAUCACUGUAAAUUAUAACUGUUCACCAUAGAAGGUAUAGGUAUAGGUAUACUUGCGUUAUAUAAUAGUACAUGCCUUUAUCAGUACAAUAAAGUUAUUUAUCCGUUGGUCUAUUGAUACUAUAACACGGGUCGUCGAACUGAUUUAAUAAAUUGUUUAUGCAAUCCGCGGCAUUAAAAUAGAAAUUUCAUAAAUAAAAUAACGCUAUGGCUGUUUUAUUAAUAGACCGGAGAUGGGGCUUUUUUAUAUUUGUAAUAAAUAUAAAACAUUUUAAUAAAUGAGAAAUUUGUAUUCAAUUAAACAUAACAUUAGUAUAAUGCAACUCUGGCUUUUUAUAUGAGAGAAUCUUUCAUCGAUAUCAUCCGCCGGUAUACUUAUUUUCUGGUAAAUUCGCCAGAGUGCAAGUCCGCAUAAGCGAUCCAGGAUCAUUUAUUGUAUAACACUAGAAAUCGACGAUAAGAGCCGAACGGUCGAACCACAGAAUAGAUUAAAGCAGAAAGGACACUUUCAAUGUAAACAAAAACGUGGCGGCCACUUUGCCAUUCGUGAUUUUUAUCAAUUUACAAUUAUCAGUUAAAAUACUGAUUUUUCGUUUCAUGAGUAUUAAGUUGCUGUUUAACAUUUAAUAUGAGUUUUAACUUUUAAACUCAAAUAAAAUUGCAUUAAAUUGUGUAAUUUAUUUAUUUAUGUAACUUACUCAAUCUUCACCUUUUUAUUUAUUUAAUUCCUAAUCAUUCCUAUAUGGUUACUAUUAAAAUUAAAAAUGUUAAGACGAAUAAUCCAAGUUAUUACUAAUUGAAUCUGUAAAUUCUUGGAUACAAAUUGUGUUUUACAUUUUGUUUUUUUGGCAAUAUAAUAUUAUAAAUUACACAAUUUAAUUCAAACGCAAAAUCAAAUAAAAUUAUUUUCAAAAUUAAAUGAUAAACAAAAACUCAUGAAACACGAAAAAUCAUUAUUUGUUUGACAGACAAUACUAAAUUGGUAACAAACACAAGUAACAAAAUGGAUUUUGUCACGUUUUUUUUUUUUUUUUAUUUAGUAUCUUUACCAUGUUAAUUCAUAUCAGUGUCUGAGCCCUGAUCGAACCGCCAAAAGGAAACGAUAACGCCGGAUACCUCGACGCGGUUCGACAUUAUGGAUAACAAAACGGUUUUAAUAUCUACAGAUUUUGCCGUGUUAUCAUAAUAUUAUUGACUUCGUCUUGAAAAAAUAAAAUUGAAAAUAACUAUUGCAAAAACGUUGAAAAAAAAAUAUCAACAUGCGCGCGUACAACAUUAUACGGUCCACGGGAGGAGGAAGGUCAAAUGCUCUCCUCACUCUCCUCACAAGUACGCCACUAGGCCCGUCACACACCCUGCACGUCGAAAUAUUAAACGAAACGCCGAGACAUUAUUAUCUCGCACGCACAUUCGAUACAUUUAUUAUAAAUACCGUUUUCGGGGACACGUCUUAAAUUUAUAAUAUUUGCAGUGUGUGUGCGCGCGUGUGUUUUGCCGAAAACGGAUUUAUAAUAUUAUUUAUACGAGUAUUAUGUAAAUGUCUAUUUUUUUUUUUGUCAAAACGAGAUAAUAAUAUUUUUAUCGGCAUUAUAUUACGCCGUUAAAAAAUGUGAGCGAUUUUCAAACCUUUCGCAUGACCACCUAUAAUGUCGUUCAAAAAUUUUUGCACGCAUAAAAUAUUUUAGCAUAAUUUUUUUGACGUACACUUUUGUUUUCAACUUACUCGUACGCUCGUAUAAUUCCAAAUAGUUCGCAUACUGUUUUCGUCCGUACGCACAAUUUAAUAAUUAUUUAUAGUAAAAAAUAUGAAAAUCGUGAAGAGGUACAUUUUAACUUUUUUUUUUUUUUGAUACUAGAAAUGUAGAUCCGUUUUUUUUUGAUUGGAAAUUAUAUUAAUCAAACGAGUUCACUGUCGAUCCGUUGGCUGUAAAUUGCAAACAACGUUCUAGUACUAUACUAUAAGUACUAUACGAAAACAAUAUUACAAUUUAUCAGUGAUGUUAAUGAACGUGUUCCUAAAGUAGUGAUUCCUUUUUAGAGAAACAAAUAAAGGAAUUAAAUCCAUUAUUUUUUCAAGGAAUAGGAACGUGAAUUAAUUACUUGUUUUUCGGAAUGGGAACGUAAAUAUUGUAAUUUCUUUUGUUCUUUUCUAAAAUUUAUUCUUAAACAUAUUUCACUUAUCAAGUUUUGAAUUUUUAUAUAUGAGACUUCUAACAAAUGUUUUGUUGGCAUACGACUUGGUGUUCCAAAACAAAUUGAUGAAUUGAUUAGUGAUACUCUCAAAUUAAAAAAUAAAAUUUUUUUUUGAAUCGCAUAAGAUAUUAGUAAGGGACAAGUUUUUUUUAUCAAGUAAUGAGAAACGCAAAUGGAUUCCUUUUUUGCAAUAAAAUUGAGGAUUGGGAAUAAAUUCCUUUUUAAAAGAAAUAUUAACAACAUUGCAAUUUUGAAACUCGAUCCAGAAAAAUCUGUAAGGGCAAAAUUAUUUCAAAAUAAAUAUGUAUUAUUAUAUAUAGUAAAAACAGUAAUAAGUUCUUGAUGAUUAUAAAAUUGUAAAUCAGUGCAUGCUGUUUAAAAAUAAUAUUUCAAAUCUUGAUUUAAACAUAUUGUGCUGAACACAAAUGUACUUAUGCCACUAAAUUAAGUUAAAAAACUGUAAGGUAGUACUAUGAAAAAAGGGAACACACUGCAGUAGCGUAAUCAGAAUUGUCAAAAGGGGAUCCAACCAAAAUAAAUGAUUUCAUUGCACAACAGAAUACACAUUUUUAAAUUAUAUAUUUGUAUAUACUUAUGUAAUGAUUAAUUCUAUGUUAUGGUGAAUCACUAAGACUACCAUAAGCAAAAAAAAUAAAAAAAUAAAGCCAUGUUAUUAAUUCAAACAUACAAUAGUAAAUAUUUAAUACACGUUAUAUUAAUAGAACAUUUAACAAGAAAGACAAGGAGCAGAGCUCCGUCUCUAGAGUCGAAUUUUCUAUCCUACCUUUUCAACUUCUCACCUACAACAGCGGCUAUACCCGCGCCCAUUAUCCUUGGACAGUUUUUUUAUCAUGGUAUUAAACAAACCAUUUUUCUUUAUCAAAGUAGAUAAUUCACAGUUCUCGAAUCUCGGUUCAGGGAAGUACAACUCUUCCAAAGACACAUCCUAGACAAAAAUUCGAUUAUAAGCACGUGAUACUGAAAGCUGAUACUCAACACACGAGAGAUGGCGUUGUGCACACCGUACCUGCGCCGUUGCGAAAUAAUUAUUUGUCAACGUUUUUACACGGAAAAACAGUUUUACACGAAACAAAAUUAUUCUUUUAAUAAUUAUGAUUGAUCGACUAUUUUUUUUUUUUUUUUAUUUGUUAUAAUAAGGAGAAAAUUGUUUUUGACAUAGUUUUUUCCAUUUUCCAAUAACUUAUGUCAAUAGUUUUAUAUUCAUAAGCAAAAAAUACUUGAAAUGUUUACAAGCUUUAAUAUUUAAUGUUUUUAAAUCUUUUUGUACCGGCUGAAAAAUGAAAACGCUACGUCUAAGCUGAAGUUCUUCUUAUUAAAAUAAAAAAAAAAAAAAUUGUUGAUCUAUCAUAAUUAUUAACAAAAUCGUUCUGUUACUCGACAACUAUGUUUUUACGUUCAAAUUACGGGCUUAAUAAUCCUCUUAAUAUACACACAUUUUAAUGUGAAAACGUUUCCAGAUAUUUAAAACCCUAUACACAUCGGAUUUAUAAUAUAUUUCUUGUGAAAAAUAUGUAACCUGAGCAUAAAAACGACCAGGGAAGGGGUUGAAAAUUUAACCUAUAAAAAGCACAUUCUUGAUACUUGCAUAAACAUAUACUGAAUUAUGUUAUUGUCCUGGCUUCAUUUAAGGAGUCUGUAGCAGUGGCGUGCCGUCAAGGCAAGCUAGGUAAGCGGCGCAUGUCCGGCCGAAUAAGAACAAAUUUAUCAUUUAUUAUGUUAAACGACAAUGCGAUUUAUUUCUUAAUAUUAAAACUAUUUUAAAUUUUUUAUCAUUUAAAAUAUAAUAUAAAUAAUGGAUUAAUUCUGUUCAAAAAAAUUUAUCAGGUAUUUUAGAAAGAAAUUAAAUUAAUUUUAUUUUUUAUAUAGGCAAUAUCUUUGUUAAAAGCGCUAGUAUUUUAGAUUGUCCGGCUCGUAUCGUUAUUAUAGGAACGAUCAUGGUGUAAGGAGAAGGGCACACGUGCUCUUCUAUCAAUUUACUACAAUUUUUGUUUAUAUAUUUUAUAUUAAUUUAAUAUAUAAUUUGUAGUUAAUUUACUGAAAAUAUAAAUAAUAUGCCCCUUUUAAAAAAUGGAUCUGCUGCUGACAGGAAUGAUCGGUUAUGGUAGAAUGGGAUAUCCACGUUUUUAUAUGGUAGUGGGAAAUGUUGGGUCGAGAGCUUUUUGAUAUUUCUAAAAAAUAUAGUUCCAAUAUUUUGCGGUUGCAUAUCCAGAAUAUUGUCGUUAUCAAUAUUCGUUUAUUAUAUUGCACGGGUACAUUGAAGUUAUUAAAGUAUCGAUAUUAUUUUGUUAUAUUUUUUUAAUAUUAAUAUAUUUGUGAAAUAAGAAAUAUUAAAUUAUGAUUUUCUUCAAUAAAUACUUUUUUUUUUUUAAGAUUUAGAUUAAAUUUUUAUAUUCUAACGCUUAUCCAAUAUUAAAUAUCACCGCUCGUCUGCACUGAGCUUGUAGGGAUGUACAAAGCUUGUUGCGCCUUUUUCCCUCGACCACGCGGUUAAGUUAAUAUCUAAAUCAAACCAAAAUUGUGUCACAUCAUGUGUCUAUAAGUAUAAGUCUCAUUUACGAGUUUGAGCACUUUUAGAGGGAGCUGCUAAAAGUAUCCAAAUGUAUCACAGAAAAGACAUUGUAUAACUGACUGUAACAGAUGCAAUUCAGUGCAAUAGUCUCUAUUUUCGAGGGAAAAUCUACGUUGAAAUUCUUUGUUUUCAUACAUUUUUACAUAAUUUGCCGUAGGCACUUAAAACAAUAUAUAUGCAAUAUUCAAUAAUCACAGUGACAAAACAGACCGCCGUUUUUCCAAUGCCAAUACAUCUGAAACUUCAUUCACCGUGACCGAUACACAUUUAAGUAAACUGAUAACAGCUUAUUCGUUCAAUCUGUUUUCCGAGUUUGUAUUACUAAGAUGUAUUUAAAACUUUAAAAUUACAGUUUAUAAACAAAAAAUUAAAAUAGGACAAUUUUUUUUAAACAUUUAUAUGGUCCGAAUGCGGGCCAAGAUCCGGAAUUCGCUCACUUGGUUACGUCACUGGAAGUUCUUCGUGUUAAUAUGUUGUGGGAACUUGGGUAACUCUACUCUUUAUUGACUCUAUUAUAAAUAUAGAUAGAGUUGUUCUUCGCGAAAUAGUUUUUACAAUAGUUGUACUAUAGGGAGUACCACGUGCUUAUAUGUAUUUUAUUUUUUCGUUUAAUGCAUAUUUUGCCCAUAUUUUAUAUAUUUCAUUAUAUUUUCGUGUAUUAAAUUAUUAUUGGCUAUUUUUUUCGUUUUUUUACAUGCAUAAAUAUCCUAACUCUAAUUAUAAAUAAUUUAAAAAUGUAGAUAUAUGUACCAUUUUAAUGGUUGAAUACAAUAUAUAAGUUCGUUUCCAAAAUGUAUUAUUAAUUAAAAUAUUUGCGAGUGUUGACCUCCCACAAUACGUUUUCGUUUUUCGUCACCUACGAAACAGCAUUAUGACUGGAGACUGAAUUCGAUUAUACGACUAUACCGAGACAGCGCAGCUUAUUCGAUUGCGUGGUCUUUUUUUGAAGAAGUUUGCAUUCGAAAAUAAAUGUUACAAGGUUUUAAAGAAUAUUUAAGACAAUACCACAAUAUUAUUAUGUUUUAACAAUACAAUAUUUACAUUUAAGGAAAUUUCGUGUUAACCAUAAUAUAAAUAAAUAUGAAAACAAAUUGCGAUUUACAUUAAGGUGAACUAUUCAGAAGCCCGCAAUGUUUCUAAGGAAAACGUUUAUCAUUCGUCUAUAUAACUAAUUUGAAAAUAAUAUAUAUUUUAUAUUUUACCAGAAACCAUAGGAAAGUAAGAAUUAAAAUAUGUUAUUUUAGUUUAGUUUUUAGUUAAACCUUGUAUUUGGUUAUUUUAAAUUUUGUAUUUUAUAUUAUUUUUUUACGCACUUUUAGAGCCCCGUGUUUACUGAAGGUAUAUUAAAAUCAGGAUACAUAAUUUAUAAUAAUGUAUAGUUACAGCGACGUAAUUUGGAGUCUAGGUAUUGGGUAGGUUUGGACAAUUUUCGAAAAUCCUGUAGAAAGCUUAUUUUCAGGGGAAUAGUGGUAAGGGUAAGAAAUAAAAAAGAUCAUCGUGAUAAUUUAAUAUUGUCUUACAAUAUACAAGACAACGAAUCGACAAUUCGUAGAUAAUAAUUAAAGGCACUAAUGAUAAAAAAAAAAAAAUCGCAAAAUUUAUAACAAAAAAUCUACUCUUCUCGGCUUCAAAGCCAUUUCUUUCAUUAAUUGGAUCUAUUUUAAUUUGGAUCUAUCGGUACGAUUGAACCAGACAUGACACGUCAAAUCCAUUAAAUCGAUUCUAAUGAACGACAUUUUUACUCAUUAGGUAGGUGUGCAAUGUUUUUUGUAUAAUAUAUAGUAUUUUACUUCUCAACUAUAAAUAAACCACCACUGACAACGUGUUCCGAAAGUAUGUUUUGAUCCUCUUUAAAGUAGAGAGAACGCGGUCAGGCUUAGUUAACGUUGAUACGGGUAAUGUAAAUAAUACUUGAAUAAUAAUAAUAAUAAUAAUAAAAAAAAAAGCCAAUGAGGGAGGAUUUGAUACUCAGACCUCUUCCCCACGAUUACGUCACUGCUCAAAUACUGUUUUUUAGAUUUGUACUUUUCAACCAUUGAAAUUGAUUUAUUAAUUGAUUUAUAUAUCACAAAUAUUUAUACGAACAUAAAAGUUAUUUUGAAGACAUUUUAUAACAAAGUAAAAAAAAAACAACUUAUAAUAUUUGUAUCACAAUGUGUUUAAACGCAUUCAAAUCCGAUCUUUUAAUAUGUACUUUUCUUUAAUUUUCCUCGACUCUUGUCAUAGAAACUCAAAAUCCAUUUUUGACCCACAUCCCGUGGUCCAAUCAAUUUGCAAAUUUGCACGCAGUAAUAUAAUCGCAAUGACAUUAUAGUUAAAAAUAAUCAGUUUUUUCUACAUUCAUUCACAUUUUCAAAGGAGGCCGAAAAGUAUAUUACAUAUGGGGUUUUAAUAUGUGUGAUCCAUUUUUCGUACAACUUACUUAGAUUAUGACUAAAAUGUUGAAAAAAAAUUAAACAAAUUUUAAAAUCAUUCUUUUCAUAGAAAAAUCAAUGCUAAAAAUCAAGGCUUAGUAAAUUAAAAGAAUUUUUUAACACAGUUUAGUUAAAUUUUUUUUUAAAAUUAGGUAAAUUGAUAAUUAAGUUGAAAUAUAUCAUUAACGUAAGCAAUGUAGUAUAAAAAACUACAUAUUAGUGAUAACUUUUAUUCAAAAUGUCCCAAAAAUUCCUAAAAUGUAAAAAUAAUCUAAAAAAAAAAAAAUUAUCACAAUGACCUAACAUAGACUAAAAUAUGGAGCAUAAAUUGGUAAAAAAAUUACUUUUAUACUUCAUUGAUCUUGAAGGCAUAAUAACAAAGCGUUCUUCUGUGGUUUCAAGGAUAUUCUCUCUCGAAGGCACCAACCACUGGUGAAUAAUUUCGUAAAUAGAUUUUUCGCCCUUCGGCUGUUUUCAGUGUAGAAGAAGAUGUUCCCCCUGAUACAUUUUUUACCCCGGACAUUUUCUUCUCAUAUUUUUUAAAAGUCUAUUUUAUUUAUUGUAUGAAACAUGCGUCAAUCGAAACUACAAUGGAACUACUACAAAAUAAAGCGGUUUAACAUAAUGACGAUCUUCACCAAUAUUUGCUCCAUAUUCAUGGAAUGUAUAUACAUAAUAAUACAAAGAGAACACCAUUUUUGUUAAUUAUCAAUUAUGUUCUGUUUGGAAAAUCGUUUAGCUAUUAUGUUUGUUUAAAAUUAUAUUUUUUCAACAUUAGUUUUUAUUGUGUCAGAUACGUUAAACAAGAAUGCCAUCUUAAUAGUCUAAGUAAUUAAUUGAUUAAUAAACAAUUUUAGAUUUCAAUGGUAUCUAUUAUUAUUAUUAUUAUUAUAAUUUUUAUAUCAUGUUAUUGUUUGUUUCUUUGUUUUUAUAAAACGUUUUGAAUAUUACUCAUAACAGCAUUAUAUUUAUAUUUAAAAUACAUUUUGAAUAUCUGUUUUUAGACAUAAUUAGACAUUACAAAAAAAAAAAAAAAAAUAGUAAUAAUAAUUGAUAUUAAAUAAUAAACUUUAAAAAAUACGGGUGGAGGGGGUGAAAAGGUCCGUAAUUCCAAUAAAUUAGUGGCAACUACUUUUUCGCAAACACGCGAGUAUAAAAGUUGGCAUGUUUAAUUAAUAUUAAGUCAAGUGAUGAGAAAUCAUCAAGAUUAAUUUAAAUAUAUUGUAUUGAAUAUAAUUAUGUAAUACGUUGAAAAUUACUUGUUCCAAAUUUAUCAACUGGUAAUUUAUGUCAAAUUUCGAAUUUCUUUUAAAAAAAUUGAAUCCAUAAACUCUAACUUAUUAUGUCGACAUAUACAUUAUGAAUUUACAUGUUUAGAUAUUGUUUUAAUGCAAAUUUACAUCAAUAGUUAAGAUCAAAUCGUUUAAAAUAUUACAAAAUGUAAAAAAACGGUCCAACAUAGAAGAAUCAACCCUAUGAAGCGAUUGUUAUUUACGAAUGAACGCGCCACGUUUUUAGUCUAUCAUUUAUAACAUUGCAAACAACAUUUUCUUCUGUAAAAAGAUUAGUUUUUUACUUUUUAGUACGGUUUUUUUUUUUUUUUUUUUAGAAAAUCGUUAUUUUAAUUGCAUUACGACGACGUCGGUUGCGUCGCCGAUCCCGUAUACCCGCAUGCACCCAGCGCGUAGAGCAUUAAAAAUCGCAUUGUCAACCUGUGUACGUAAUAUUGUUGUUAUUGUAUCGACGAUCGUUUUCAGUGGACAGAUGGCGAAAACACCGGCGUGUAAUAUCGUACGCGUUCAACGUGAAGUUUUUAGAACAAUUGUAUCCGGUGUUUAACGAGAAAAACAAAAUACUCGUAAAAAAUCUCCGAAAAAAUAUAAACUCGACGCGACCGUUCGACCUCUGGGAUUAUAUUAUCUCGACUACUUUCGAUACUAUAUGCCGUAAGUAUAUAUGAACACGCAGCAGUCCUUAUAUAUAUAAAAUAUUUUUUUUAUUUUUUAUUUUUUUUUACUCUUAUCGUAUCUGUAAAACUCCAGCCCAAGCAUAUUCUCUCUCCGUGCGCGUAUAUAUAUAUAUUAUAUUAUACUCAUAUAACUUUACGUUAUUAUUAAAGUACCUAUUACAUAUAUGCGUAUACCUGUCCAUAAGCACGAAAUUAUUAUUAUUUUUGUCCGUUAUUAUUAUUAUUGUAGUGAUCGUUUUUUUGUUUUUUUUUUUUUUUUUUUUUAUAGAACGAAAUAAAAAUUACACUCAUUUUUGUACAAUAGAUUUUAUACUGUUAUUAUUAUAUUAUAUAUAAUUUGUUUUCCCCGCCGUUGCAGAUACUGCAAUGGAUUACCGUAUAAACGAAAAACACAAUAAAACCGAAUUUUUAAAUCUCAUGACGACGUAAGUACAAAUAAUAAAAUAAACCCGUACUCCCCCCCCCCCGCCCCUUCCACCGUAUAAAUAUAUGAAAUACCAUGGCCGAGUGCGUACGCACGGUACGGGGCGAUUUUCAUGGACGCCGCUGACGUUUUACAGGAUCGCCGAGGAACUCGUGAAAACCGUCAACAGGCCGUAUCUGUAUCCCAGCGCGACAUUUUCGAUCUACAAGUAUUUCAGCGGUCUGGGAUCGAAAUUGGAAUCGAUCAACAAACUCCCGUUACGAGUUAAGGGUUCCGUUACGAUUUCGUAUUAAAAAUUAUUUUCAUAUGUUAUUUUAUUGUCGUUUUUUUUUUUUCAUGUCCUCCGUACAGCUGAUCGACGAAAAGAGAACGGACUAUCAUUCGAAAGCGGAGAGAACGAUGAAAUCGAAUCCGGAGGAAGUCACGAACGAAGACAGUGCGUAUACAAAUAUGAAUACAACGCCUGACCUAACGUCACCCUAUUGUAUUACGAUGGGUAUUCUAUACGGAGAUUUACGGAAUGCAUUAACACUGACUUGUGUUCCGUUCAGAGUUUUUCAUUUCUUUAAAACUAAAAAUUCAAAAUUUUAAUUUUAGACCUUUUUUUUUUACAAGAACUCAGACAGACAACCGUUUAUUGAAUUCACUAGGAGCCUAUCGCAAUGUUUGAUAUUUAUUUCAUCUUAAUUUUAAGAUUCGGAGUUUAGCGAGAAAUGUAUUGGUUUUACAAUGAUGUUUUUACUAUUUUUUUUUAUUUGUGAACAAAUUAUUUACCGGCAAUCUUGCUCUGAUUUUUAAAUGUAAUACCUUUCCCGAAAGGAAAUUUUAUCUGAGUGAUACUUUAAAUUAAAGGCCAUGUUUUGAUUUUUUUAAGCGGGUUUCAAAAUAAUUGCAAAAAACCUAGGUAAAACGAGAAAAAUGACUUACUUUCUGUAUGUAUAAAAGAAAUUUCAUUCCAAAUCAUUUUUCGUUAACGAUAGUUUACUGUUAUGUACAGAUAUAGGUAAAUUAAAUUCCUUUUUGUAUCUUACCUUCCAAUCUUCUCACAACAAUAAUUGCCCACCCAUCGUUCGAAGUAUGAAAGUCUUUUUAAAAUUAAUAAUACAAAAUUUUAAUUGCAAGAAAAAUAAAGUUUACCAAUAAUAUCUGAGUUGUUAAUUUUUGUACAUUUCUUAUAAUUUUAAUUUAGGUUUCAAUUUUACAUUUAGAAUUAAUUCAAACAAUAUUUUACUAUCGACAUAACCGCCUUAAUUUAAAUUCCAAAUAUAUUUUAUGUCUAAUAUUAUAUUAAAAAAAUUCACGCAAUUCAUGUGUAAAAAAUUUUUAGUGAAAAUCGGUAGCAAAAUCAAUUUAAACUGUACGCAAGUUCGUUAGUUACUCGUUAAUUAUGAAAUUCUUGAUUGAAAUUGUGUUUUAAAUUAACUUUCCAAAGUUUGAAAAUGUCCUUAUUAUUUUUCUAACGACGGGAUAUCUGUUUACCCGCUUAUAGAAACCAAGAAAAUUAAUAUUCACGUUUGUUUUUCGUUUUAGGGAACAAAUUCAAAACGUUCGUCGACACAUUGUUCGAGGCCUGCGAAAAAGAUCCGGAUUUUACAGACGACGAUGUUAGGGACGAAGUCAUAACGAUGAUGUUUGCGGUAACGAAAUUCAAAAUAUUAGCGUUAUUAUAGUAUUACAUUAUAUUAUUAUCAUUAUUAUAUGUUAUAUUGUCGGUACGCUAUCCAAGCAUUUCGGAGUUUCUGUUCGGACGUUAAUUAUGUGGGGGAACUAUUUUAAUGGAUACGAAUGGUUUUUGUUAUAAAUAAUAUAAUUUCAAUCCAAUGGAAUUUUAUUUAUAAAAUGACGUAUUUCGAGAGAUACAGACAAUUUGACAAAAAAAAAAAAAAAAAACAAAAAGGAAAUAUUUUAGGGUCGUAUUCAUAAUCAAUUCUUAAAUCUAUUCUUAAAAGACACUUGUAAUGUUUAUUGUUAAGUAUUUAUAAAGAUCAAAGAUGUGUAUACAGAACUUCUACAGUUAAUAAGUAUUCGAAAAGAUAAAGUAUUUAUUUUCUUAUUGAAGUCUGGUAACAGUGUUCAAAUCAUAAUAUACGACUAAUUCAUAAUGAUAACAAUUUUUGUUGUUUAAACGAUUUAUGAUUACCGUUUACCGUGACGUUGUGCUCGUGCUAUAGAAACUCACUAGAAACACGGGUACUAUUGGGUACUGAUACAUCAAUAUUAAAAAUGUCUAAUAUAAUAUAAUGAAUUUGAUUUUAACAAACAAAUUUCAUUUAUAAUAAUUGAUUUUAUCUUUGUACUCUCAAUGUCCAUAGUAGUUUGAUAAAUUUGGUAAAAUUGUUUAAAGUAAGUUUAGACAUUUAUUUGACAUAUCUACUUAUUGUUGGUUGGCUUAUUUCAAUUAAAUUACCUGAAACUAACAGAAAUAAAAUUACAAAAUUAUUAUUUAUAAUACAUGAUAAUUAUUAAAAGUAAUUUUUAAGGUAUGUUUAGUGUACAUACUUUUUUUAUAAUGCUAUACUUAAAGAGCAUUCAUUCCUUUUUUCUGCAAAGGUAUUGUUGAUGAAUAUUAUUUAAGUUAUAAGUAUGUCUUGAGCAAAUAAGGAAUACUAAAUUUUAUCUUAAGAAUCGACUAUCAAUACGACCUUUACUAUUUCCAAAUACUUAGUAAACAUUUAAAUUUGAUUUAUUUAUUUUAGACGACAAGCAGGGUGAGUAAAAGUGAAUAAAAAUUGCAUAAUAUUUUCUAAAAGAUAAUUAUCGUAACACAUUCCUGUUGAUCUUAGAAUUCAUCAUAUAAUUAGGGGUAUAUCAGUAGAAGUGGUGGCUUGAAUGGGCAUAUCCUAUGAAAUAAUUAUUUCAUAACCUAAUUGGAUGGGUGGGAGGGUGGAUAUAUGUUUAGUUUUUUUUUCAUAAGAUAUUUUAAUGAAAAAAGUUGGACUACAGAAACGUCUAGUAUUACCUAAUGCCUUAACUACAACUUUUAAUUCUUUUGAGCUCAGGUCGCAUUACGUUUUUUAUGAUUUUACUAAAACUGUUUAAAAAAAAAGUAACUUCGUUUAUAUAUGGUGAAGGAAUUCCUUUUAUAGUUGAAAAUACUCUCUCUGUGGAAGGGAAGAAUAGUUACUAUUAUAAAAGUCGACAAAUAGGAUAGCGUCAAGUCGAUAGCUGGUUCAAAAAGUAAGAGGAGUUCUAAAAAUUGCUUUAGAGGAUUGUUCUAUCUCGGAGGAGAGCCGGAGACAACGAGUGGAAGAACAAUGGUGCGUAUGUCAAGGAAAGAUAGAAAUCUGAAGCAUUGAAAAUCGUAAUGAGAAUAAACUUAGGAGAAAGAGGUUGAGAAGAUGACUAAAAAACGUGAUUGGAUGCGAUUGAAAAUGAUAUGAGGACAGCCGGUACAUACAAGUUGGAAGAUCGGGCAAAAUGGAAGUUUAGAACAAGGGAGGUCGAUCCCGAAUAAUUCGAUGGAAAAAUCGAAUUUGUAUAGUUUUUUAUUGAUUUGAGACUUUUCAGUUUAAUUUGCAAUCGCAUAAUGAUAAUAUAGGUACUAAAAAUAAACACGAAAUACUAUAUUUUAACAUAUUACUGGUUCAUGAAAAAAAAAAAUAAUAAUAAUUAUGGGCGUAUUACGAAAGCUCAAUAAUUAUAUAUUAUUACAAGGUUUUUUUUUAUUUGUGUUUUUCAUAUAAAGGGCAGCGAUACGAACGCUACCACCGAAUGUUUCUGUUUCCUGAUGUUGGCCAUCCACCAAGACGUACAGGUUUGACAUUAUACAAAAUUCGCUCGCUGUAAAUUAUAAUUAUUACUGGGCGAACGCAAAUGUGAUGCAAAGAUUCAAUCCUUUCCUCGAAAGUUCUAAUACAAUUCUAUCUACUCAUUUUGGCGAGCCCUCUCCUCUCAAACAAACGAAAUUCUUAUUUGCGUUCGCUCGCUAUAGACAUAAUAAUGACGCGUUGAUUAAAAUGCGGUCGCGUAUUCCCAGGACGAAGUUUACGACGAGUUAUACAACGUGGUUGGUGACGAUAUUGAACGCAAUUUGACGCCCGAAGACAUGGCCAAGUUAGUGUACAUGGAACAGGUACUCAAAGAGACGCUGAGAAUGUAUCCGACCAUAUCGGUAUUCACGAGACAACUGUCCGAAGACAUCAGAGUCAGUGAGUGGCCGUGGAACGGUGUUAUCGAUUCCGAAUUGUAGAUUACGUUAUUUGAUUAUGUUUAUUACUUUAUUUUAUUAAAUCAGCGAACCACGUACUUCCGAAGGGCGCCAGUGUGACCAUAUCUCCCAUGGUAACGCACCAUUGCCCACGCCUGUAUCCGAAUCCCGGCGUAUUCAAUCCGGACAGAUUUAGUGCCGAGAACGUGGCCAAACGACAUAAGUACAGUUACAUAGCGUUUAGCGGAGGCGCUAGAGGAUGCAUAGGUGAGCAUUUAAAUAUAGCUUCUUCUUAGUUCAUGUUUUUCUCCCGAAAUCUUCACACAGAUGUUGCGAGAUUAUUGAGCUGAAAUAUCGAUAAAGGGCAAAGGACCGUCGACCGUUUACUUAAACCUAUAGUUUUUAACCUUUUUGAAUCCACGGCUCUUCUGAUUUUGAAAUCCGAAUUAGUGGUUCCCUUACGAAUAAUAAUAACAAUAAAAUUUAAAAUGAGUAAAUUUACUGUAUUACUAUAUUUAAUGUAAACUCCCUUGAUAUUAAACCACAAUGCUCCUGGGAGCCGCGAUGCACAGGUUAAAAACUAUUGAAUUAUACCAUGAUUUGAUUUAAGUUCUGGUCGCCAUCGAACGAUUAAAACAUUUUUAUCGCGUGGCAUAUGAAUGUAAAAGUCACGCGUAAAUGAAUACUGUAAUCCGUAAGCGCAACUAUAGCGGUUAAAUCGAGAACGCUAUAGAAUCGUGUCAUAGUGGUACUGUGAUAAUAAUAAUUCUGGGUAUAAUUUAAUGUGUAAACGACAGUAAAACAAUUGUAUCCAUUCCGAGCGCUAGAAACACUUGUUUUCUAUAAGCUGCAGUUUCAUUUCAGCAGUCGUCGUGUCAUAUAUUUAACUCGUCAAAACAAACAUGAUAAUAUCUUAAACCGUGGUUUUUACCGAUCUCAUUCCAUUUUACUGAUGCAGGUAUGAAGUACGCGAUGAUAUCGAUGAAGCUGAUGGUGUCCGAAGUGUUGCGCAACUUUAGCGUGCACACGGACAUCAAACUGUCCGACGUCAAGAUAAAGACGAACGACGCUUUCACGCGGAAAGUCGGAGGAUAUCCAAUCACAAUCCUGCCGAGGGACAGGAGGCCAUCGUACGUGCGCAACCCUAUUCAGCCCGCGGCAGGCACCGAAUCACCGCAGAGUCCUACUGUUGUCCGGACUACGUCAUCGCGAUAA